AUGUCCACUCAUGGCCCAAUAAACGGUGUAAAGAUUUCCCCCAUUGACGACCCUCAUAAAGUCGUGAAAGUAAUUGCCUCCGACGGCAAGUCGGCAGAGACCAGAGACCUCUCUUAUACAAACUGCAAGGUCAUCGGAAACGGCUCUUUUGGUGUCGUCUUUCAAGCAAAGCUAGUUGGUACUCCAAAGGAUGCGGAGGACAUUGCUAUCAAGAAGGUUCUACAAGACAAGCGAUUCAAGAAUCGUGAAUUGCAGAUCAUGAGACUCGUAUCCCAUCCAAACGUCGUCGACCUCAAAGCCUUCUUCUACUCCAACGGCGACAAGAAGGACGAAGUGUAUCUUAAUCUCGUCUUGGAAUACGUCCCGGAAACUGUCUACCGCGCUAGUCGUCAUUACGCUAAACUCAAGCAACCCAUGCCCAUGCUCCAGAUCAAAUUGUACAUGUACCAACUCCUGCGCUCCCUUGCGUAUAUCCACUCCGUCGGCAUCUGCCACAGAGAUAUUAAACCCCAGAAUUUGCUUUUAAACCCUGCGACUGGAGUGCUGAAGCUAUGCGAUUUUGGUUCUGCAAAGAUCUUGGUAGCUGGCGAGCCCAACGUCAGUUACAUCUGCUCCAGGUACUAUCGCGCUCCAGAGCUCAUCUUUGGGGCGACCAACUACACGACUAAUAUUGACAUUUGGUCAACGGGGUGUGUAAUGGCUGAGCUCAUGCUUGGCCAACCACUGUUCCCUGGAGAAAGCGGGAUUGACCAAUUGGUGGAGAUCAUCAAGGUUCUCGGCACACCCUCCAGAGAGCAAAUUAAAACGAUGAACCCCAAUUACAUGGAGCACAAAUUCCCUCAGAUCAAACCACAUCCCUUUUCAAAAGUUUUCCGGCCCCGCACGGCUCCCGAAGCAAUUGAUUUGGUGUCCAAGUUGCUGGAAUACACGCCAGGCGCUCGACUUAGCGCUAUUGAGGCUAUGAUCCAUCCGUUCUUUGACGAGCUUAGGGUUGAAGGGGCGAGGAUGCCCAAUGGCAAGGAAUUCCCCUCGCUAUUUGACUUUACACGCGAGGAGCUCUCGGUGCGACCGGACUUGAUUCGGCAGCUCGUUCCGCCACACUGUGAACCGGAGCUGGCCUCGCGGUCAAUUGUGUUGGAAACAUUUGUGCCCAUACCACUGGAGCAACUGAAGAUCACAUUGGAUUGAAGUAGUAGUACUUAGCGUAUGAGUAGUCUAUUCUUUUUUCUUUCCUUCUUUUUUGCGAUACUUUUGCAAUCCUUUCGUUUUCUUGAAUUGUACACAUGUAUGUAGCUGGAAAUGUGAGAAUGUUUGGUGAU